CCCCGGCGAUAUACCGAUAACACUCCUCUUCUUCUCCAAGAGCGUCGACUGCUCGAGAACACUCCCGACGACACACGCCCAGAUCCCCGCCCGCCCGAUCCAUCUACAACGGUUCGCAGACUGGGAGCUAUCUUCAGCUAACCGCUUCCGAAACCAACUACACCCCAUAACCCAAUCCAUCCAUCACCACAUUCGCAACUAUGGAGGAAGAGCGCCUCUGGAAGUUCAGCAAGCCGGAAUGGCUCAAUAGCGCUUGGGCUCGUAACUUUGGCGUCUACGGCGCCGGAGCUCUGUUCUCCAUCGCCUUCUACGUCAUGCUCGACUCCGCCGUCUGGUCAAAGUCAGCCCGCAACGGCUCCGACACCCACGUCACUUUCGUCGACUGGCUGCCCCUCAUCUUCUCCUCGCUCGGCAUGCUCAUCAUCAACUCGGUCGAGAAGGCGCGCCUGUCGGCCGACAGCUUCUCCUACAGCGGCAACGGCGUCGCGUGGAAGGCCCGCGUCGUGCUGUUCCUCGGCUUCGCCGCGCUGGCCGGCGGUAUGGCCGGCGGCGUGACGGUGUUUGUGCUCAAAUUUGUCGUGCAGGAUGUCGCCAUGCCGGCGCUGGGCAUGGGCAUCGAGAACGUUGUCGCGAAUGCGCUCGUGGGCUUGAGCAGCGUCGUGCUCUGGAUUAGCCAGAAUAUGGAGGAUGAGUAUAGCUACAACCUUGCUCUGUAAAGGGGGGGAAGGGUGCUUUGUGGCUAGUCAGUCAUACGGGGGCUGGCUGAUCUUUAUGGAGGAGUCUUUCCUGAGGCUAUGGCAUGGGCCUUUGGUAUGGAGGGACCGAUUUGGUUUAUCCAGAAUGGCUGAAGAUUGUAUGAACCGGGUGAUUCGGAUCGCAGGUGUAUAAUUAUAGCACUGGGGAUACUGUGGCGCAUGGGUUUUGACAUUGGCGGCAUGGCUAUAGUCUACUUUAUUCCCUUUAUUUGAGCCUUCUUUUCGCAGACUCUUCGGUCUGAUCUAUUUCCCG